AUGGCGAAUAGCGAUGGUCGUGUAAUAGGUCUAAUUGAUAUGGAUUGUUUUUAUUGUCAAGUUGAGCAACGAUUGCAACCGCACCUGUGGGGCAAGCCGGUUGUGGUGGUUCAGUACAGCAACUUCAGAGGUGGUGGUGUGCUGGCGGUAUCGUAUGAAGCACGUCCAUUCGGCAUCAAAAGAGGAGGAAUGUUUGCUGAACAAGCGAAAGCGUUAUGUCCCGAUGUAACGAUUUGUUAUGUGCCAGUGGGUGAGCAUUCUGAUAAAGCUGACAUCCAACGCUAUAGGUUCGAUUUAUUUAUUUAUUUCAAUUCAUUCCAUUUGAUUCGAGUCGUGUCUUUUUACGGAUGA